CGAACCUGUCCCAUUCAGAAAUUUCUCUUUCAAUUCUCCUCUGUUCCAUUCACAAAUUUGUGCUCCUUCACUCAUCUGAGAGGCUCAGAUCUCAUCAUCCUCAGUUAUGGAGAAGAAGGUGUCUUCUUCAAUUUCAACUCCCCUGUCACGAAAAUGUUAAUAAAGGUAGACCUUCAGUGCUGGAAAUGUUACCAGAAGAUCAAGAAGGUCCUCUGCGAAUUCCCCCAGAAAUCCGGGACCAGAUUUACGACGAGAAGCAGAACACGGUGAUGAUCACAGUGGUGUGCUGCAGCCCUGAGAAGAUCAAGCAGAAGAUUUGCUGCAAGGCAAGGGAUAUCAUUCUGGGAAUUGAGAUCAUCCCGGAAAAGCCCAAAGGACAGCCAGCUCCCCCUCCCAAGCCACCUCAACCGGCUCCAAAACCGGUUCCGCUGCCCGCCCCUGAACCAGCUCCAAAACCGUCUCCACCACCCAAAUCACCUGAACCAGCUCCAAAACCAGCUCCACCACCCAAGGGGCCCAAACCAGCGCCCCCAAAAGCACCUGGGCCGUGCUGUCCGAUGCCUCAGCCAGCCGGAUAUAUACCUGUUUAUGGAGUUGGGAUAUGUUGUUGCCCCCCAUGUUACAUGGGGUAUGGCCCGUGCCACCAGGGAUGUGGUAGGCCCCCCCCAAUGUGCAAUGACGGAUGCGGAAGACCAGCUUGUGAGUGCCCGGGCGGAAACCCAAUGUGCUAUGACGGAUGCGGAAGACCAGCUAAUGAGUGCCAGGGCGGAAACCCAAUGUGCUAUGACGGAUGCGGAAGACCAGCUUAUGAGUGCCAGGGCGGAAACCCAAUGUGCUAUGACGGAUGCGGAAGACCAGCUUAUGAGUGCCAAGGUGGAAACCGCAAUUAUUAUGUGAGUCGCUGCGACUACUUUAAUGAAGAAAAUGCUUCAGGAUGCACCAUCAUGUAAACAUGCCAUUGAAGUAUUGUCGGGUACCCUUCCGAUGUCCAAGUAAAUCGCUUUGUCCAGAUGUUGAAUAAUUUAGAGAAUCCGAUGAUGUUGUUCGAUCGGUGCAGUUCAUAUAUAUAGGAAACUGUGAGAAUUACAAGUGAAUAAUGUAGGGUGGAUUGGUACAGGGGAGAAAGAGUCUUACUACUCGAGUCAUGGAGUAUUUCGUAAGGUUAAUGUUCUUCAGUUCAAUAAAAGUCUCUAUUAAAAUCUUUUGGGGUGAA